AUGGCUUCAGCACAGCAACAGCAAGAUCUAAAGCUCUUCUUUGAAUAUCAAGGAGUCGACGAAAACAACCUAAAUCGACUACAUUACAUUCAAAAGUUUACGGAUUUCCAGUUUUUCCGACUAGCUAACCCCGUAUACUCGUCGUUCGAUAGAGCCUAUAUCAAGUGGUUACAACAACCUAUUUAUCAAGAAAUGGAAAAUACAAUUCUUACUCAACCUCAAACACCGACGACUUUUUUCAACGCUCAACCACCACCGUAUACGUCACCGCCUAUCUUAAACAAUGUGAACGAAUGCUAUAACACAGACCUAUUAAAUAUCAUGAACCCGAUAAACCCGAAUAUUUUAUACAACAACAACGAUGCAGAAUAUUUAAUGACUGACACAACCACCGAAGUACUAGAAUCGAGUAGCGAUAAUCAAUCUCCAGCAACGUCCCCCGUCACCGUACAACCUCCCGCUACCCCCGUGAAAAAACCGCUAACUCCUAUGGGUAAAAACAUAAACAAUUUAAAAAAAAGUCUAAAACGAAAAGCAUCUUCGUCCGGUCCUAAAAGUGGUCGUCCCAACAAACACGUCCAUCUUACACGCAUUGCAAACGACCAAGCAGACGAGGAGAAAAUAAGCUCGCAAGAUGUGAUUCUCUAUGCAUUAGACGGGACAGAGAAAAAAAGAAAAACAAUUCUUACUACUAGCAAUGAAACUCUUGAAACCUACAAUAUGAAACAUUAUCAAUGCUACGUAUACCUAGGAGAAAAACGCGAACGAGCAUUAGAGAAAAUUAAAAUACAAAAAGAAAAACUAGAAAAAUUUUGUUAUCUUGAAAAAUUCACAAUAGAAGCAUUAAAAAAUCGCAAAAGUAGAAAACUCGAAAAAAAUGUUCUGUAAAUAAUUGUAUAAAAAUAAUUAAUAAAUGAUAUAAAAAUUGUAUGCGUGUAAUAUAUCACUACCUGAAAAACACCCGUAAUUUCAGGUUACUACAACCUGAAACAUGAUCCCACAACCCGCAAACACCCGCAACACCCCAAAAACGGGCGCAAGAGCAUAAAAGAGCGCGAACUUCAAAUCCGAAUCAGUUCGGUCGACCGCGGCUUUGGAGUAACAUCUCGCCCCAGCCCCCGCCCGUACCGUUCUCGUAAGAACGCGAAAAAAUCCCCUCCCCCCCACAAAAAAACAAACACACACACCCUCCAGAGCGCGCGGCAGGACACCAACAUUCCUGAAGUCACAUGACCACCAAAACUCCCCCCGUCCGUACAGCCCACCACGCCCAUGGCCAACGCCCUUCAAGGCACUCUCGCGUAAUACUAAUUCCAGUUAAAUUUUUCUGGUUCCCGCUCCCCCUUGUUUUUUUAUUGUAUAUAUAUAACGACUACUGUGGUGAAUGAUGAUCUCUGCAGCAAAAAAGGACUGCAGUCAAGCAAAACAACAGCGAACCGGAGGCGGAAAUGCACCAGCGCCAGUGAAGAAACUUCUCGACGAAAUAGUUGAGCUCUCUGAAGAUGAGCCCAGCUUUUCCGGUAUAACAGGGGGCAUUGAAUCUGGUAGGUUGUGUAAUGUUGCCUGUUAUUUCAGCAUAUUUAUCACUGAAAUCAUGGCUGAAAAUGUAACAACAUAA